AUGGAGAACGAUAUUCAACUGGAUUACGAGGAGGAAAUUGAUGGAGCCGAUUUGGUGGAAAGGGAUUCAACGGAGGCUUCAUCAUCGCGAGCUUUCACAGAGGAUUUUGAGAAGGAGAAAAACAAGUCAACGAAUCUAACUGGCGAUAUUCCAACUCACAAUGAUGUUUCUGCUGACGAGAUGGUUUCUCUGUAUGAGGAAAUGCAAGCGCGUGGUGGUGAUUUCAUUCUUCGAGCUGUUCUCGUUCGUGGUGUCGACGGUAUGACUGCGUUUGAUGUUGAGAAGAUCUUUGCCGAGUUCAAGCCCUAUCGAGUGGAGAUUCUGAAGGACAUGUCGGCUCUCGUUUACUUCACGAAUCGACCUGCUGCCGCGUUGAUGAUGCUUCGAAUGUGCAAGAGGCUGCGACGAGUUCGUGGUGCGAAACGGGUUGAAGAGGAGGGUGAAGUGCUGGAAUCGUCAGAAGAAGAGGAGGAAGAGGGCGUUUUGAAAGAGGAGAAUGGAGAUGAUGUUGAGAUCAUCGCUAAAGGCCCAGACCACAAGCCGAAGCAAAGGAGCGCACAGAAUGUAAAGAUUGAUGUGGACGUGGUUCAAAUUCCAGUGGGUCGAUGGCGAGUAGUUACUGAGCACGUUGCCGAUCGCCGUCUGCUGAUUAUUCGUUUUGCAAAACGAGAUGAAAUCAAAAGUUCAAAGGAAAAUCGAAUAGAUGUUGGCAGCGAUCGCAAGAGGAAAAUUGACGACAAUAAUGGGGAUCCCGACUCCGGUUGGUUAGGUGAAACAACUGUCCGACCUGGUCUAAACGUUUUUGAUGAACGAGGAAAAGAGUUGGAAUGGGACUACGAACAUGACACUCGUUUCUUCGAAGGCCCAGAAGGUCCAGUUAAUUCUGCUGAAGAUCCCGAAAUAAAGAAAUGGGGUGCAGACGACGCAGCUCCUCCGAAGAAAAUCCGUGGUCGCGGUGCUGCACGUGCUCAUCUGCUUUUCUUGGACAAAAAUGCUGACACAAUGCGAGCUGACACUGAAUCAAAAACGGCAAAGAAGGGCAGAGAACGAAAUGCCGGUUCGGAGUCGCGCUUAUCUGGAGAUGUACCACUGGACAAAGGUCACAAAAGCACUCGGUGGAUUCGCGGCCAAAAAAUCACAUUUGAUACUGAAAAUGAA